ACUCUUGUCAUGAACCCCUUCAAUCAAAUGUAACUUGGACCUCUGCGAACUUUUUCCGUGACUACUGAUUCGCAGGUGGGUUCAAAUUAGCAGGGUGUUACAAUGGCAUUGAUGACCCAUAUGUUUUUCUUGAUUGGUCCGUGGAGCAGUGAGCACCACGGGCGCCUUUCCGCAGUCAACGACCUUCACGAGGCGUCGAGGUGGAAGAAGAUCUGCCUCGCGAAGCACACAUGGGUACAAUGGUCUUUGAACAAAUGGAAACAUCGAUUGUCUACCUUGGGACGACGAACCUUCUCUUCAGCAAAUCCUGACGGCUAUUCUGAUCGACCUCGGGAUGUGUACAUAUAGCGUUACCGUGCAUAUGACCCUCACACGAGUUUUCAUUCUCUUUGGAGGUGAUGGCGACGAUUCCGACAAUGUAUUUUGCACUGCUCAUUCUUCUGAGUGUUA